CCUCUCUUCUUCCCUCUCUUUUUUUCGUUCACCUUUUGGUUGGUCAAUCCCUUCAACCACUUUCACCUCUUCAAUGUCCUUGAGUUUUGAUAACCAUGCCUUCAAGGCUGCCCAGAGUGCCGUUAAGACUUUCUUCCAGAAAAAUACAGGUCCCAACAGUGGUGUUUCUACCACCGCCGUCGUUGUCACCACGCUUGUUGGACUGUUUGCUUACGAACAAUAUGUCUACUUGAAGAAGAAGCAAAACCUUCCUGGCCCCAAGUACAAAAUCCCUAUCAUCGGUGCAUUGAUGGAUUCUAUGAACCCUACUUUUGAAGGCUAUCUCUCCAAGUGGAAGAGCGGAGAGCUGUCUUGCGUCGGUGUGUUUGACCGCUUCGUCGUUAUUGCUUCGACCUGCGAGCUCAGCCGCAAGAUCCUCAACUCCCCUGUUUAUGUCGUUCCCACCGUUGUUGACUCCAUGCGCACUAUUUUGUGCGCUGAUAAUUGGGUUUUCAUGGAAGGAAAGGAGCACGUUGAAUACCGCAAGGGAUUGAACGUUUUGUUCACUCGCAAGGCUCUUGGUAUCUAUGUCCCUAUUCAAGACCGAGUAUACACCAAGCACUUCAAGGAGUGGUUGGCUUUGGAUGGCAAGUCCGAGCAGUAUCAAUGGAGAUUCCGUGAGCUCAACAUGGAGGCUUCUCUUCGCGUCUUCCUCGGCGAUUUCCUUAGUGACGAGGUCUGCUCAACCAUCUCUCAAAAAUACUUUGAUAUUACCGCUGCCCUCGAGCUUGUCAACUUCCCCUGGCCUUUCCCUGGUACCAAAGUUUGGAAGGCUAUGAGAGCUCGUCAAUACAUUGUCCAUCACUUCAUUGCUGGCGUCCAAGACAGCCGCAAGCGUUUGUCAGCUGGAGGUGGUGUCACUUGCAUGAUGGACGCUUGGAUUAAGUCCAUGAACGAGGAUCAGGUUAAGGGAGGAAAGAUGUUCGGUGACCGUGAAAUUGCUCUUACCAUCUUGACAUUUUUGUUCGCCAGUCAAGAUGCCACAUCUUCCGCUUUGACCUGGGCAUUCCAACUUUUGGCUGACCACCCCGACGUUCUCGCUCGCGUCCGUGAAGAGCAGAUUGCUGUUCGUGGUGAUGAUGUCAAUGGAAAGUUGACUAUCGACGUUUUAGAAUCCAUGACUUAUACUCGUCAAGUCGUCAAAGAAAUUCUUCGUCUUCGCCCACCAGUUUUGAUGAUUCCUUACCAGACCAAGAAGGACUGGCCUAUCAAUGAUAACUAUACUGUACCCAAGGGUGCCAUGGUCAUCCCUACCACUUAUCCUGCUCUCCACGACCCUGUUGCAUACCCUGAACCCGAAUCAUUCAAUCCUGACCGCUGGGGUCCUGAGGGCCAUGCCGAGAAAUACCCUAAGAACUUUAUGGUAUUCGGUAACGGACCACAUCACUGCCUCGGAAAGGAGUAUGCCUUUUUGCAUUUGAUUGGCAUUGUCGCUCAAGCCUCCAUGCAACUUGAUUUCGUUCACCACCGAACCAAGGACAGUGACAAAAUCUCCAUCUUCGCAACCAUCUACCCUGUUGAUGGAUGUAUCAUGAGCUUCACUCCUCGUGCUUAGACAAUUUUCAAUUCACUCAUAUCAAAUUUACUAAUAUUUUGUACCGCCUCCUUACCCUCCACCACUACUGCGCCUUAUCUGUCGUCGUUUUGCUUCGCCCUUGUCCUCUAUUUUCCAUUAUUUUUUUUGCUUUGUUUCCUUACGUUUUUUCCUCAAUGUGAAAUUUCCCUUUCCUUUUUUUUUUUUACAUUCCUUUUUAAUUUAAUCGCUAUUUAUACCUGUGUCUUAUUCACAGAAGCCAUUAUCAAUGUUGUUC